AUGUCGUUCUCUAGCCUCGUUCAGGACCUCAGCCUCCGCGACUCGGGCAUGCCCCGCCGUCCUGGGCCUCGCGGCACCGCUUCGGCUUCUACCAUCGAUGAUGGCCGGUCGCAGGUCUCGCGUGCCAUGUCGUACGCCAGCACUGCGGCCACCAGUGUCAGCAUCUCUGGCGACAUCUCUAGCCAGCUCCACGGAGGCUACCACCACCCGCUCGCCAGGUCGUGGCAAGCAGAGAGGCAGUUGACCAAGUCUAUGCUCAUCUACCCCAUUUUCAUUUCCGACAACGAUGACGACGAAACUCUAAUCCCCUCUCUGCCAGGCCAGAGUCGCCGUGGCCUCAACAAGCUUGUGCCGUUCCUCGAGACAUUAGUGCACAAGGGCUUGCGAUCUGUCAUGCUCUUUGGCGUCCCUCUGCGUCCGGGUACUAAGGACGCUCUUGGUACCGCCGCCGAUGACCCAUCCGGACCCGUCAUCCGGACCAUUCGUCUUAUUCGCCAACGAUUCCCCCAGCUCUUCAUCUGCACCGACGUCUGUCUUUGCGAAUACACCUCACACGGCCACUGCGGCAUUCUCCGCGAUGAUGGUACCCUGAACAACGCCCUGUCUGUUGACCGCAUUUCCGAUGUGGCUGUUGCCUACGCACGGGCUGGAGCGCACUGUGUUGCGCCCUCGGACAUGAACGACGGGCGCAUUCGCGCCAUCAAGCUCAAGCUGAUUGAAGAGGGAAUCUCACACAACACGGUCCUCAUGUCGUAUGCGGCCAAGUUCUCCGGCUGCUUGUACGGACCUUUCCGCGACGCCGCUGGCUCGGUGCCGUCGUUCGGCGACCGCAAGUGCUACCAGCUUCCUCCCGGCGGUCGCGGCCUUGCCCGUCGCGCCAUCACGCGCGACAUCAACGAGGGCGCCGACAUAAUCAUGGUCAAGCCGGCCAGCCAGUACCUUGACAUCAUCAGUGACGCAAAGGAUCUGGGCCGGGACCUCCCAGUGGCGGCGUACCAAGUCAGCGGCGAGUUUGCCAUGAUUCACGCGGGAGCCAAGGCCGGGGUCUUUGACCUUAAGACGAUGGCCUUCGAGUCAACUGAGGGCAUUCUUCGGGCGGGCGCGACCAUCAUCGUCAGCUACUUCACGCCCGACUUCCUUGACUGGCUCUCCAACUGA